AUGGGUCGCUUCCUCCAUGAUCAAGAUCGCAGAGCCCCCAUUCUCAAUGUAGUCAACUGGUUCCUCCUCGUGGUCGCCGUCCUGAGCGUCCUCACAAGGCUGGGAACGAAGCUAUGGAUGUUCCAUCGCUUCACCAGCGAUGAUUACUUGAUUAUGGUCUCGCUGCUAUUCGCCAUGGGAGGAUCCAUCAGUAUGUCAGUCGCCGUCCACAACGGCUAUGGUGAUCACGUUGGGGCUAUUGAUGGUUUGCAUUGGGAAGCGAUUCAAAAGGCACAGUACGCAGGUUUCUUGGUGUUUACUCUAAGUCUCUACUUUUCGAAACUAUCGCUGUCGGUAUUUAUCCGGAACCUGACCCCCGUCACUCGAGACCAUGUUCAUGCGACCGUCCUGCAAGUUCUCUUGACCGUCUGGGCGGUUGUCGCGGUCUUUGGCAGCGCCUUCCAGUGCCAAGCCUCGCGACCUUGGGAUACUAGCGGCUCAUGCAUUGAUCUUAAUGCGUGGCAGUACUACUUCUGCGCCUCCAACAUCGUGACCGAUAUCAUGAUCAUCGUCCAGGCGCUGGUGUUGAUCAGUCGCAUCCAAGCGUCGUUCAAGAAAAAGAUGGUGUUUGCCACGAUCUUCCUGUCCCGUAUUCUAGUCAUCCUCCCAUCCAUUGCCCAGCUCGUCCUGAUCCACGACGUCGCAAACUCCCCCGAUCGAAGCUUUGACGACUACGGGGUGGCCAUUGCCGUCGAGACGGUCCAGUGCGCGAGUAUCGUCACCGCCUGCUGGGGUCAGCUGAAACCAUUCCUGAAUCAGCUCAAGUCGAACGGCCUGCGCAUUCAGGGCGUGGAGUAUCAGCACACGUCCGCCAAAGCCUCCGACCCCCGGUCGGAGGGCCGGGACGAUCAGUCGCGACACACGGAACCGAAUCACUCGCACAGCCAUCAUGAGCUCGUCCCCAUCGGGUCCGGUCAGGGCAAUAUGACCACAAUCUCAGCGGCGCGCGCAUGGGACGCCGAUAGUCAGUCGAGUCAAGCAGGGAUGAUCCGGGAGACUCGCACGUGGAACGUCAGUGCGGCGCGGCGCAGCGAGCGGAGUGAUAGUUUGUGA